AUGGCCACCAAAGCACGCAGCUCCCCAGCCGCGGUGUCGGUGAGUCUCAACGACCUCGAGAAUGGCAAUGUCUCGCUGCAGCAGCUCGAGGAAGCGUUCGGCCCGGAAUCACUGGGCAUCAUCAUCGUCAGCGACCUUCCGCCAGCCUUUGUGGAACUCCGGAGAAGUCUCUUGAGUUAUGCCUCGUAUCUUGCCAAUCUCCCCGCACAUGAGCUGUCAAAGGUCGAGUUGCCAGCGACGAGGUACAAUGUAGGCUGGUCGUGCGGCAAGGAGACGCUCGCGAAUGGCCGAUACGAUACCGACAAGGGCUCCUACUAUGUCCAGCCCAUCCACGAUGCCGCACUGGAAGACAAGGCGAAGCGGUUGUAUCCCAAUGUCCCAGAAUUUACCACACCAAACGUCUGGCCGGAUGAGAGUGUCUUGCCCGGAUUCGAAGAAACGUUUGAGACGCUCUGCCGUCUGAUCGUCGAUGUUGCUGCCGUUGUCGCUCGGAACUGUGACAGGUACGGCGUGGCGAAAUUGCAAGACUAUCAAGACGGGACUUUGGAGAAGAUUGUGCGAGGAAGUGCGUGCACGAAAGCGAGGCUCCUGCAUUACUUUCCAUCGAAACCGAAAGAUGAGCCCAAAGACGGCCGGCCUGACUCCGCCAUGGCUAUUGACGACGACUGGUGUGCAACACAUCGGGAUCUGGGCGCGCUUACGGGCCUCACGAGCAAUAUGUUUGUAGACGAGGCAGCGCAUCCUCCUCAUCCCCACGCGGACGGCACUCUUCCUCUCUUGCCAGAGCUGGACAACCACCCCGAUCCCAAGACAGGCCUCUGGAUCAAAGACCGCUCAGGACAGACGACGCAAGUGAACAUUCCGCGAGACUGUCUGGCCUUUCAGACGGGCGAGGCGCUGGAGAUUCUCACUCGGGGCAAGUUCAAGGCGGUGCCUCAUUUUGUACGAGGGUCACGGCAUCCGAAGGCGGGGUCGAUUGCACGCAAUACGCUGGCCGUGUUCACGCAGCCGAACUUGUGGGAGAUGGUGGAUGAGACGAGGGAUUUUGCGGCCCUGGGACAAUUUGUCAUGGAUAAGACGUACUGA